UUUUGUUUAAUGAACUAUUAUUACCGCGGCUGUGAUAUUUCUACAAUUUUAGUUUUUGAACAAUAAAGAGGGCCUUUACCAGUUGGUGUGGUGAAAAUAUACUUAUCUUUGCUAUCAUCAUCAUCAUCUUAGCUGAAAGACGUUCACAGCUGGACAAAAGCCUCCCCCAAGGAUCUCCGUUCGUUGUAGGGUUAUUCGCUGCCCUCAACCAACAGUUUCCCGCAACUUUAACCAGAUCGUCGGUCCAUCUAGUCUGGGUCCUUCCCACGCUGCGUCUUCCGGUACGUGGUCGCCACUCGAGAACCUUUCUGCCCCAUCAGCCAUCGGUUCUGCGAGCAAUGUGGCCCACCAACUGCCACUUAAGUCUGGCAAUUCUCUGAGCUAUGUCGACAACUUUGGUUCUCAUGCGGAUUUUCUCAUUUCUAAUUCGAUCACGCAGGAAACCUCCGAGCAUAGCUCGCUGCUUUGAGUGACCUUCUUCUUAUGAGGUCCAUUGUGAGCGAUCACGUUUCUGUGCCGUAUGUCAUCAUUGUGCAUCAGUGAUCUUUGCUUCAAUUGUUUAAAAUUUCAGGCCAUGCUGUCCCCGAAUUCCUUGGAUUAUAAUUGCUGGAAAUGCAUUCUGGAUUACCUAUCUGUGAGAGAAAUUGUCACGACGGCUAAAGUGUGCAGACAUUUACAUGAUGUAGCCCAGCGAUACUUACAAGAAGAUUUAAAACUGAGAAUAGAGACUAUAACCAACAUCUGGGAAAUGGACAGUGACCGUAGUAACUGCAGGACAAUGGUCCUGACUGUGAAUGAUGAUUACUUUCUUCACGACGAACUUUUAAACGAUGACACCUACUUCAACACAUUGUGUAGUAAAUGGGGUCGUUCCGUGCAAGAACUUGUUUAUGAUGCUAAAAAUGUAGACGAGGAUAGUCUAUGGGAUCUGGCGAUACAAUGUCCGAAUAUACAGGAUAUUACGUUCGUACGAUUAUCAUGGCAAUUUCCGUCCUGCGACUGGGCUACAAACUUCACCAAGCUCAAACGAGUUUGUUUUGAAAAUAGUUCGGUACACGAUAGCUGUGUCAGCCAAUUAAUUAAAAACAACGCCAUCGAGGAACUUGUAUUUCGAUUAACAAAUUCAGUCACCGGUAGUUUCUUUCUAAAUGUCAAAGAAAAUUUAGAAAAUUGCAGUGCUUUGGCGAAGUUAAACACAUUAAUUAUUAACAACUGCUCUGAUUUGGACUUGAGGCACUUGCUGUAUGCCGUUGAGCCGGAGAAUUACUUGCCUGAAUUAGAAAAUUUGACUUUAGACGGCGUGCAACUGGUUUUGAAGAAUAAGAAUAUAAUGGCAGAUGUUAUCAGGCAGAGCGCUUUUUUAAAGGCGCCCCGAUGCCCCCGAUUGCCAGUGCAACCUGACAGUGACAACCCAGUGCCAUUGCCGGUUCAAGAAGUAUACUACUUGCCAUUCCGACCUCAAGAAGACGAAAUCGAAUUUUACUUCAACCUGUUACAUUUUGGGCCCCCGUUUCAAUAGGCACCAUGCGCGUUGGAGGGUACACAUGGCUAUGACUUCCUAUAUACUUACUUAUUUUACUCUUUAACAUUGACACUUCACGCCAAAGGAAGUGCUGCCAUCUAUCAUUCUCGUUCUCUUUUUUUUCUAGUUUAAGAGGCUGUCAAUACCUAAAGCGUGCACACUGUCUAUUUGUAUCGGAGUAAAUGAGAUAGCUCUGUCGCAUGUUACUGGGCCUGGGCAAGGGAAUAAUAAGAAAAAUAUUUAAAUAAAAAAAAAGUGGAUUAUUAGUGUAAUAUUUUACUCAACCACGGUUUAGAUAUAAAUGUUUUGAAAUUGUGAUUUUAAUUGUAGACCCAUAAGUCAAAACAAUAGAGUAUAAAACCGUUUAAUUGUGAUUUUAAGACCAAUCUUUGCAAUUAUUUUCUAUCGAGCCGAUUUCGUUCAAUCGUGUAUCGAGUACAACCACGGUCUUUGAAAUAUAAUUAAUAUGAACAUAUAUUUUACUUACUUGACUAAAACAAAUAGUCUUUCUUAAAAAACUGUUUAAGUAACAUCAAUUUCAAGGACAUUGGGUGUUGACAGCCUCUUAAUAUCGUGCGUUUAAGUCACAUUCAUUCACUCAUUCAUUCAAUACUGUUUUUGCUAUUAGUACUGUGCAACUCUCCCGGCAAUACCUAUAGCACGUUAUUCUGGGUAUGAAUGUGUAAAAUUUGAAUCUUAUCAUAGGUAGUAGGUUCUGGCAUCUUAUGAAGCUACAUUGGAAGCAUAAACUUCACAUUUACGCCUCGCGCCAAAAAUCUGACGUCUCCUGUGCUGCCCCCUACAGUUGCACGCUCCCAUGCCCUUAAGACAUUGUCAUCUACAACAAAGUGACAAUAUUUUAUAGGGAGCGUGCAUGAACUGUAGGAGGCAGCACAGGAGCCGUCAGAUUUUUGGCGCGAGGCGUAAAUGUGAUGUUUAUUGUUCCCAAGUAACCCACAAGAUGGCAGAACCGACUAUGCACAAGAAAACACUUGACGUGUUAAUGUACAUGUUUAUUGUUCCGAUUCAGGCCAUAAGAUGGCAGACCCUCCAACGCGUACGGCCCCUAUAGUAAACACCAAUCAAAACGUAAUGUAUGGAAAUUAUCACGUUACUUUUUUACUUCUUGAUUGAAGUUUUUCGAUACAGCUUGCUGUUAGCUGCCUGCACUUUAAUAGUUUUACAAAUAGUAGUUUUUUUUAUUAUAGCAUAACUUUAAAUUUAGGUUCAAGGCGGCGGGAACAGUGGCUCAGCUCGAACAGUGGCUCGAUCGCCCAAAUAUCGCUCUAUACUGUAACACCCUCGUGUGUUAGAAUUAACCAUUGCUCGUCCAUUCGAUUACUGAAUACUGAAGCAUUUGCUAUUUAGCGUCUCUCACUCGUGUUGAAAUUAGGUUCUUCUUCUUCUUAGUCGUAUACUCUUGUCAGAGUAGUCGUGGUCAUUGCGAUCGUUGUACGGCUUUUUUCGCUGUUGCCCGCCCAGUGGCCGCGCAGUGGCUCGAAAUUAGGUUGAGUGAGCCACUUUUCGAGUUGAGCCACUGUUCCCGCCUACUUGCAUUUUAUUGUAAUAAGAUGAAUCCAAUGUGAUUUUAGAAAUAAAAAUAGUAAUAUUUUUUA